CGUUAAUACUUAUACCGUUAUAUAAGAUAUACAGAAUAUAUUUGACAACAAUAAAAUUAAUUCCAAAAACCUACACAAAAAUAAUAAAAUAUUUAAAUAUGCUUUAUGUUUAUCGUGUAUUUUAUAUUUAAAAAAAAAAAUAAAUAAAUAAUUUAAUAAAAAUAAAAAAAGAAUAGAGAAUAAGUGAAAAAUUUGAAUUUUCUACAAAGGAAAUUAUCAUCGAAGAAAUUGGAUUAGACACUACUAGGAAUUAAGAAAAAUACAAACAGCCCCCAUUAUAAAAACAAAAGGUGUUUUUUAAAUGGUUCCACAUUUUUAAUUAUGAACACCUCAUAUUGAAAAUGAUCAUCAAUGUGAAGCUGGCUUUGCUUAAUUGUUGUGCUAAUAGCUAAAGAUUAAUUCAUUGUUAAAGAAGAAGUACUGAAUAAAUUUCAAUAUGAAUCAGGAUAAAAUUCGUGAUCAUUUAUUUUCGAUUCUAACUACACCAUCUCUAAUAAUAUAGCAUUACAAAUUCGAAAAAUACAAAAUUUCUAUUUUGAUAUUUUGAAUAAUAUUGAAAAUCCUUGAAUAAAGGAACGAAAUAAGGUUUAAAGAAAAACUUUACAAUUAUAAUAACAAAAUCAUCAAUAUACAAUUAAAUAUACAAAAUGGAUACGGAUCUUGAAACAAAUAUAACACAAGCUCAAAUUGAAUUUAUAUGCCAUCAUGCGAAUCGUUCACUAUAUUUAUACAAUUUAAAUGAUACAUCGUUAUGCCUAAAUACAAAUAAUACAUUAAAUUUUAUAAAUUCAAAUAAUUUUAAUUUUAAUAAUAAUAAUUAUUCAGAUACAGGUGAACAUGUUAUAUCACCUGUUAUACGUAAUAUUAUUUAUACUGUUUUAUAUACAUGUGUAUUAAUAAUUGGUCUAUUUGGUAAUACAUUAGUUAUAUAUGUGGUGAUAAGAUUUUCAAAAAUGCAAACUGUUACAAAUAUAUAUAUAUUAAAUUUAGCGAUAGCUGAUGAAUUAUUUUUAAUUGGUAUACCAUUUAUAUUGACGACAAUGCAUUUAGGUAGUUGGCAUUUUGGGAAUACAAUGUGUAAGGCAUAUUUGGUUAGUACAUGUAUAACACAAUAUACAUCAUCAUUAAUAUUAUUAAUAAUGUCUGGUGAUCGUUUUGCAGCUGUAUGUCAUCCAAUAACAAUGGGUAAAUAUCGUACACCAUUUUAUUCAAAAAUCUUUGCUAGUAUUGCAUGGUUAAUAUCAUUAUUUUUUGUAACACCGAUAUUAUUAUUUGCUAGCGCUAAUAAAAAUGAAAAUGGUCAAUAUACAUGUAAUAUUUAUUGGAAUGGUUAUGAAGAUGGUGCAAUUUAUUUUACAACAAUGUCAAUAAUAUUUGCAUUCGCUAUACCAUUUAGUUUAAUGAUCAUUUUUUAUGUAUUGGUUGUACGUAAAUUACAUACUGUUGGUCCAAAAUCAAAAUCAAAAGAGAAAAAACGUUCUCAUCGUAAAGUGACACGUUUAGUUUUAACAGUUGUUACCGUAUAUAUAUUAUCAUGGCUGCCCUAUUGGAUGACACAAAUAUCAUUAAUAUAUACGGAUCCAUAUCAGAAGAGAUCAAAAUUAGAAGUAUAUAUAUUUUUAAUAUCAAGUUGUUUGGGUUAUACAAAUUCAGCUGUUAAUCCAAUUUUAUAUGCAUUUUUAAGCGAUAAUUUUAAAAAAAGUUUUGUAAAAGCAUUUCAAUGUGCAACACAAGGUGAUCUUAAUACACAAUUACAAGCCGAGAGUAGUUUUUUUCCAAAAUUCGGUAAAAAUAAACAUCAUCAUCAUCAUCAUCAUCAUCUACAUCAUCAUCAUCAACAUCAUAAUGGUGGUAGCGGUAGUAGUAGUAAUACAAAUAAAAAAUUUUUAAAUAAUACAAAAAAUCAAAAGAAAAUCUGUAAUAUUAAAAUAACUGGUACAACUGGUACAAAUAAUAAUAGUAGUGAUAUUGGUAAUAACCAACGAAAUGAUUCAACAGUAUCGAUAUUAGGUGAAAAUCAAUCAUCAGUUACUUAUCAUUGUGCUGGUAGUGUAUAUGGUAGUAAUAAUAAAAAUUUAUUAUGUUUGACAACAACUGGAACAACAACAACUACAACAACUGGUGUAUCAUUUUAUAAUACUGAAUCACAACAAAAUGAUAUUAAUAAAAAUGGUUUGAAUCAUAUUACAAAUAGUGAUGAUUCUGAUAAUUCUAUAGUAUUAAUAAAUGAUAAACCAGCUGUGUUACAAUCUGAUUUAUAAGUUAUUGAUAUAUUAUAGUAGAACCGAAAAUAAAAGUA